AUGGAUGACGCGCUGUCGCAGAUUAGCGAGGCGUUCCGGCUCGCCGGCGAGCUCAUGGGUGAGCUCCAGGCCACCCAGAACGGCCCGGCCUACAUCGCCGCACGCUGCCACGGCAUUGUCCAUGCCUACAACAGAGCCAUCCGCAUGUUGCAGCACUACGGCGUGGGCGACGUGGCCGCAGCCGCCGCGCCGCGUGAGCUCGACGCCGGGCCGCGGGACAUCCUGCGCCUGUGCAGCACGGAUGAAGCCGGCGCCAGCCAGUUUCUCGGAGAGACUCCGGCGCAUUUGGCCCACCGGAAGGAGCCAUUCCACAUGCCGGCCGGCGUGUUCGGUGCGCGAGUGGCGCCACAGCAUACGAUGUGCGCGGGGGCGGGCGUCGCCGGCACGUCCGGUGGCCCGAUGAGGAGGCUGCCGUCGUCCAGGUCUCCGCCAGCGGUCCAGCCACGGCAGGGCAGGAGGAGGAGGGAAAGCGGGAAGAGGGAGAUGGUGUUGGUACCUGCACAGCGGACGGGCAACACUGAACUUCCACCAGACGACGGAUACACGUGGCGCAAGUACGGCCAAAAAGAUAUUCUCGGCUCAAGGUACCCAAGGAGCUACUAUCGGUGCACUCAUAAGAACUACUAUGGUUGUGAUGCGAAGAAGAAGGUGCAGCGCUUGGAUGACGACACCUUCAUGUACGAGGUAACAUACUGUGGCGACCACAGCUGCCUCACUUCCAUCACCCCGUUACUCAUGCUCCCCAUAGCUAGCACCACAACCUCUGCUGCCAACUCUCCGACCGCCGCGACAGGCUCCGGCCUCCCCACUAGAGACCUCCCCAUGGAACUGGCUGAGAGGACGCACUCGGCCGCGUUGUCCACGCCAGUCAAGCUCGACAUUAGCUGGAUGCCGGCAAGCUUCCAAGGCCAUUUGGCGGGCUCUGGCACCGGCAUGGGGAGCAUCGCCAACAUGAAGAUGAACGUGUCCACCGCACCGAGGGACACGGAUUUCCCGACUCUGGAUCUCGGAGACGUCAUGUUCAACUUCGGCAGCAGCAUGGACCACAUUUUCUCUUCUUAUGAUCGACAUAAUAAAUAG